AGAAGACAUCUGUCUAUUUUGUCUGUCUGUCUUUACAACUCAACUCGUUGGAGUAGAACGUGGUGAUUGAAUUCCAUUGAAACGCGUAAAAAUUUUGGAUUAAAUUUCUUUAUAGUCACAUUUAUCUUUUGAUCAAAAUGGUCGCUCAAAAGAAACAGAAAAAGGCCAUGGAGAGCAUCAAUUCCAGAUUGGCUCUUGUCAUGAAAUCGGGAAAGUAUGUUUUGGGUAAUAAACAAACUCUCAAAGCUCUGAGACAAGGGAAGGCUAAAUUAGUUAUCAUAGCCAAUAACACACCACCUUUAAGGAAAAGUGAAAUUGAAUACUAUGCUAUGCUUGCCAAGACUGGUGUACAUCAUUAUUCAGGCAGUAAUAUUGAACUUGGAACAGCUUGUGGUAAAUACUUCAGGGUUUGUGCUUUAAGCAUAACAGAUCCAGGUGAUUCUGAUAUUAUUAGAACCAUGCCUACUGAACAGCAGUGAUAGUACUAAUAAAAAAUAAUUGUUAUUGUA